GCGCAUGCGCAAUUGAUUCACGGGAACGCUUUCUGAACAGGAAGGGGAGACAGAUUAAAGAGCCAGAUGCGGCUCGAAAGCCGUGGAUUCACGUCUUAGACUGGGAAUCUUUCUUCACUGAUUCAUUUGUACAAGAUUGUUACAUCACUUGGUUCCAAACCAGGCUGCUUCAGUUUAUGCACAUGGAGAAAAAGGAUUCCCGAUUUGACCAAACGUCUGGCACUGAAAAUGAUACAAUGAUUCCUGUAUUGUCUUCGAAAAAAGCGAGUGAAUUACCAGUGAGCGAAGUUGCUUGGAUUCUUAAGGCUGAUCUUCAGAGCGGCUUAAACAAUGCAGAGGUUUGUCACAGACGAGCAUCCCAUGGCUGGAAUGAAUUUGAUAUCAGUGAAGACGAGCCGCUGUGGAAAAAGUAUAUUGCACAGUUUAAGAAUCCACUCCUUAUGCUCCUUCUGGCCUCGGCCGUAAUCAGCAUUUUAAUGCAUCAGUUUGAUGAUGCUGUCAGUAUCACCGUGGCAAUACUUAUUGUUGUGACCGUAGCCUUUGUCCAGGAAUAUCGUUCUGAAAAGUCUCUGGAGGAACUCAGCAAGCUUGUACCACCAGAAUGUCACUGUAUUCGAGAGGGGAGAAUGGAACACACUCUUGCAAGGGAGUUGGUUCCUGGGGACACUGUCUGCUUGAGUGUAGGAGACAGAGUCCCAGCUGACUUACGUCUGUUUGAGGCUAUGGACCUGUCUGUUGAUGAAUCCAGUUUAACAGGCGAGACUGCUCCUUGUGCCAAAUCGACAGCCCCUCAACCAGCUGGUACUAAUGGAGACCUAACGUCAAGAAGUAAUAUUGCCUUCAUGGGGACGCUGGUCAGAUGUGGCAAAGCAAAGGGAAUUGUCACUGGAACAGGAGAAAAUUCUGAAUUUGGAGAGGUUUUCAAAAUGAUGCAAGCUGAGGAGGCACCAAAGACACCCCUGCAGAAGAGCAUGGAUAUUCUUGGAAAACAGCUGUCCUUGUAUUCAUUUGGCAUUAUAGGUGUAAUCAUGUUGGUUGGCUGGCUGCAAGGCAAGCAUAUACUUGAUAUGUUCACAAUCGGUGUAAGCCUGGCUGUAGCAGCUAUCCCUGAAGGGCUUCCUAUUGUGGUUACGGUAACCCUGGCCCUAGGAGUGAUGAGAAUGGUGAAAAAACGGGCGAUCGUAAAGAAAUUACCUAUUGUGGAAACGCUUGGCUGCUGUAAUGUUAUCUGUUCUGACAAAACUGGAACGCUGACCAAGAAUGAAAUGACCGUCACCCACAUUUUCACGUCAGACGGACUCCAUGCAGAGGUGACUGGAGUCGGCUACAAUCGCUUUGGGGAAGUAAUCCAUGAUGGCGAUGUUAUUCAUGGGUUUUGCAAUCCAUCAAUAAGUAAGGUGGUUGAAGCGGGCUGUGUGUGCAAUGACGCUGAAAUAAGGAACACCACGUUAAUGGGGAAGCCCACCGAGGGAGCCCUAAUUGCUCUUGCCAUGAAGAUGGGACUGGAGGCCCUACGACGUGAUUAUAUCCGUAAGGCAGAGUACCCUUUCAGCUCGGAACAAAAAUGGAUGGCCGUCAGAUGUGUACACAGGACGCAGCAGGAUAAACCAGAGAUCUGCUUUAUGAAAGGCGCCUACGAGCAAGUUAUUCGAUAUUGCACCACGUACAAUAGCAAGGGGCAGACGUUGGCGCUCACUCAACAGCAGAGGGAGCUCUAUCAUCAGGAGACUGCAUAUAUGGGGACAGCAGGCCUUAGAGUUAUUGCUCUGGCUUCUGGUUCAGAACUGGGGCAGCUAACAUUCCUGGGCCUGGUGGGAAUGAUCGAUCCUCCGAGGACUGGUGUAAAGGAGGCAGUCACUGCACUCAUCCGCUCAGGAGUAGCCAUUAAAAUGAUCACAGGCGACUCACAGGAGACUGCGAUUGCCAUCGCUAGCCGACUAGGCUUCUAUUCCAAAGGAUUUCAGCCUCUGUCUGGAGAAGAAGUAGAUACACUGGACAUUCAGCAGCUCUCCCAAAUAGUGCCGAAGGUGUCUGUAUUUUACAGAGCAAGUCCCAGGCAUAAAUUAAAAAUUGUGAAGAGUCUACAGAACAUCGGUGCUGUUGUUGCCAUGACCGGUGACGGAGUGAAUGAUGCUGUGGCUCUCAAGGCUGCUGACAUUGGAGUUGCAAUGGGGAAAACCGGUACCGAUGUUUGUAAAGAAGCAGCUGACAUGAUUCUUGUGGAGGAUGAUUUUCAAACGAUCAUGUCAGCCAUUGAAGAAGGAAAAGGAAUCUACAACAACAUUAAAAAUUUUGUUCGCUUUCAGCUAAGCACGAGUAUAGCGGCGCUGACUCUAAUAUCCCUUGCAACUUUAAUGAAUUUCCCCAACCCACUCAAUGCCAUGCAGAUUUUGUGGAUUAAUAUCAUCAUGGAUGGCCCUCCAGCUCAAAGCCUUGGUGUAGAACCAGUUGACAACGAUGUGAUUAGGAAACCUCCAAGAAACCUGAAGGACAGUAUUCUGACUAAAAACUUGAUAAUCAAAAUCCUCAUCUCUUCGAUUAUCAUCGUUUGUGGGACCUUGUUUGUCUUCUGGAGAGAGCUGCGAGAUAAUCUUAUAACUCCCAGAGAUACGACAAUGACAUUUACCUGCUUUGUGUUUUUCGACAUGUUCAAUGCACUAAGUUCAAGAUCACAGACGAAAUCUGUCUUUGAGAUAGGACUGUGCAGCAACAAGAUGUUCUGUUACGCCGUGCUGGGCUCCAUAAUGGGACAGUUACUAGUCAUUUACUUCCCACCUCUUCAGAAGGUUUUUCAGACGGAGAGUCUGAGCAUUCAAGAUCUGCUGUUCUUGAUAGGACUUACAUCAUCUGUGUGGAUAGUGUCUGAAAUCAUAAAGAAGGUGGAAAGGAGGCAGGAGGGGUUCCAGAAAAACGACUCUUCUUCGUCCUCUUUGUUCCUCGAUGUAUGAUGCUUAUUGCGUUCUUUAACUGCAAAAGCUGAGAGUGGAAUUUGCAUAAAACUAUGAAGCACCGUGAAAACCCAAGAGACAGGGAGACUGCCAAGGGUUUUUCCUCCAAGAAUUAUGUCUCUGAAAAGAUCUGCAAGGGGCUUCCAAAAAGGGCAUCUCUAAAGUGGAUGGAAAUAUUCUAUUUUAGGGACAUGUGGACUUUGAACUCCAAAAAUCUCUUGGUUGUGAUGACUUCUAAAGGAACAAGAAUUAUUCUUGUUGGUAACAUGCCUUUUUUUUCUUUCCACCACAAUGUAGGUUUGACUCCUUUUUACAGCCAAACCACUUACAUUUUUUAUAUGUAUAUAAAUAUAUAUAUAAUUAUCUUCUGUCUGAUUGGUGGGGUUUUGUUACUGACAAGAGAGGGUUUUAUUUGCUCUUCAGUUUCAGAAAGCAUGGCUAAUAUGGCACGUGCAAUAUUUUUUGAUCAUAUUUAUUUUAUCGCUCAUACUGGACUGGAUACGUUACAUUUUUAAGUUUCUUCUAAUUUAAUGUAUGCUUCCUGAUCAGUGCCGUGUCGUUGCAUGUCCAUUUUGGUGCAUUGCAAACAAAAUAAGAAGCUCUGUACUUUUAGCAUCACAUAACUACUGUAGGAAUCAAGCUGUUCAGAUGGUAGGCUUUGUUCAGCACUGUCAUUUUUGUUUUUAAAACCAGACGAGUUUUCCCUUCUACUGCAACACGGUAAAGCGCGCCAACCUUCUCAAUGUGCUAGGACAAUAGCAAAGCUUUGGUUCCUUUGUUUAAUGGAUUUUCGUUUACUCCUCAUGUGACUUAAUGUUCUUAAAAUUUGUAAUAUUCUUAAAAAAAUAUAUAAUAAACCUAUCACUUUUGUGA